GGCGCCCUGGCGCUCGCACAUCAACCGCUCGGCGAGGAAACGCGCUCCGCUCUCGGAGGGCGAUACUGCGCCUGCGCAGCAGGAGAGCCGGCCCCGGGUGGCCCGGGCGGGGCGCCGCGUGCGUGCGCGGUCACAAAGGGGCGCGGAACGUCAGUGCGCGAGUUGCGGGGGAACGUGGCGGCGGGCGCGCGCGAGGGCGGAUCGGAAGGCGCCGCGGGCCCAGAAGGCAGCAAUUCCUUCGCCCGCAGUGUCCUUGUUUCUGUUUGCGAACUUCUGGGCUUCUCUGCUCGUCCAAGAAUCAUUCUUGCGUGGGGCCUGGGAGCUGGCGUCUGGUCCACGAUGAGAUGUAAGGGAAAGAAUUGGAUGGAGAUGAUGAAGUUCUUUAGCAGUCAUCCCGGUUUUGACAGAGUUUUGGACAAGGUGACUUUUGUCUCUGCUGUCCCUGGGAAAAUGAUCUGUGAAAUGAAAGUGGAAGAGCAGCACACGAAUAAAUUGGGCACUCUCCAUGGUGGCAUGACAGCCACCUUAGUGGAUUGCAUAUCGACAUUUGCUCUGAUGUGCACAGAAAGAGGACUACCUGGAGUCAGCGUCGAUAUGAACAUAACGUACAUGUCACCUGCUAAAAUUGGAGAUGAUAUAGUGAUUACAGCACAUAUUCUGAAGCAAGGAAAAACACUUGCCUUUGCCUCUGUGGAUCUGACGAAUAAGGCCACGGGAAAAUUAAUAGCACAAGGCAGACACACAAAACACCUGGGAAACUGAGAACAGCAGUGUAACCUACAGAAACCCAAAAAUGAAUGUCCACAGUAAAUUGGACUUGAACAAAUAUUAAUUCUCAAGAUAAAUUAGCAUAACCAGAAGCAACAGCUGAGAGGUAUUUUCUUUGGGGAAAAUGCCAGAGAUGAAGUGGAAUAUAGGCUAGGGUUGUAUAUAUUCUUCCACUUUAUGCCGCUUUAGUUUUAGUUUGUAAUCAGACAUGAUACUUAGAUGAAAACAUUCUUAGCUCAAAGUGUUCUGAAAACAGGUAAAGCAGAGCUAGCAGAGCCUUAAAUCCAGUAUUAAGCUAAAGAAGAAAUAUAAAUUAAUGGUUUUCAGCUCUAAAAUGCCAUGCUACAUUUUUUUAAACCCAAUUUCAGUAUUAUGGAACUGCAAAACAGAUGAACCAUGGGCGACAUUAGAAAAUAAAAUUGAGUAGUCCUCAACAAAGUUUGAGGCAAAGCACGUUAGUGAUAAAGGAAAUAGUCCAGUGGUGUGCUGCUUUUCUCUGAUAGAGAAUUUAUUACUGGACUGGCAUAUUUUAUGGUGGGGAUGGGCGUACUAUUAGUCCUGUUUCCAGUACUUAAGGGUAAAACCAUGCAGAUCUUGACUCUCCCAGUCUACAGUACUAGAAAGACCAAGUUCACAGAUUGUUCAGUCCGUUUCUCAAAGUCCUGUUGACUGUGGCAUUCAUAACAUUUGAUUUCUGCAUCAGGGGAUCUUAGUGAAUGUUUCAUGACUAAAGAGCAAAAUGAAAGGAAGCAACUUUAAUAAGCUUGGAAACAACAGUAGUUAAAAAUUGCGUAUCCUUUGGUUGGAUUAGAAUACAUGCUUAUCUGUUGAAAGGACAGAAGCGGACUUCAAAGUAGCAAUUAACACACAGGAAACCCAGAUCUAGUAUCUGCUACUAAGCUCCUUGAAGAAGUAGCUGAUUCCAGAGCUGGGGGCUGGGAUAGGAAAGUCCAGGAUGAAUAUAUCUUGCGCUUGAAAGUAAGGAAUUGCUCAAGAUGAGAGACAUGAAAAUUAUGCAUUAAAAAGAAAGGCACUGAGUCCAUACUGCUUAGGUAAUAAUGGCACAAGGGCUCUUCGUUACAACAGAAUGCUGAUAAAUGUGAAGAAGUAGGUACAAAAUAGUAACUAUAAAAUGCAGAAAUAGGACAUCACCUUGACCAAUCAAAAUUAACAUCAACAAAGAGCAUACUGACAGUGUGCUUCUGGAUAUGAACUUGAGAGGGGCAUAAGUUCACUUACAUUGGGUAUUGGCCAGAAUACAUAAUCCAAACCUAACCAUGAAGGAACACCACUCAAAUGCAAAAUAAGGACACUUUGUGUUUUAAAAAUUGGCCUGCACGCUUCAAAAACAUCAAGGUCAUUAAACAAAGGCUGAGGAACUGUUCCAGAUUAAAGAUGAGAGAUAAGACAACUAAAUGCGAUGAUCCUGUACUGACCAUAGGGGGGAUAAAAACACACUGUUGGGAGGAGGGUAUAUAUAGCUCAGUGGUAAAGCACAUGCUUAAGUCCUGGGUUCAAUCCUCAGUGCCUCCAUUAAAAAAAAAGUUCAAUCCCCAUGAAUAAAAACCUAAUUACAUCCCCCCUAAAAGUGGGAGGUGGUUGGUAACAAAUCACCCCUCCUAAAAAAAAAACCCCAAAAACCAAAACACUAUGGAAGAAAUGACAACAAAACUGGAAUGUGGAUGGUAGAUCAAAGUAUAUCAAUGUUACAUUUGAGUUUGAUAAUUUUACUGUGGUAAUAAGAAAAUAUCCUUGUACUUGAGACAUAUGCCAAGGUACCAAGAGGGAAGAGAUCAAGAUGUAUGCACCAGACUCUCAAAUGACUCAGAAAAUAUAUAAACAUACAAAACAAAUGUGGCAAAAUGUCAGUUAUUUUGUGGGUAAAAGUUACACAAAAGCUUUCCGUAUUAUUCUUACAACUCUCCUAGUUUAUUCUAAAAUAAAAAGUAACUCUACAGAGCCAGACAGCCAGGUUUUAAAUACUCUCCCACUCACAAUGAGUUUGGGCAGGUUGCUAAAAUCUCUGCAUCUACUUCGAGUUAUAAGAGCUUAGAACAAUAUGUAGCCAUGAGAAACAAAAUGUUAUUUCAAAUAGAUUCUAAUUUUCAACUGAUCAGAAAACAUGUGAAAAAGCAUUCUGAAAUUAAGAAUAUUUUUCUUCUUUCUCAUGAAGCCAGACAUAAGGCUAGGAUGAUAUCCGUUAAAAGCUGAAAACUGUCCUUGAUUCCAUUCUUGUUGAAAUUACAGACCCAACUGUCGAUUUUUCUCUUCUGAGUUUACUGUUUAGCGACGGACUAUAAACCCUCCUAAGAUCAUCAAUAACAUGUACCCAUGUAACUUACAAAAAAAGUUAGCACUUCAAGUUUUGUGUAUUCACCUGAAUAGUCAGGGAACUUUCACCUAUUUUAUUUAGGUUUUCAUUUAUUCAAAUUCCAACCAGAAGCUAAAUACAAUCGGAAACCAGUAAGCACUAAGUUUUACUCCAAAGGAGUAGGAUCAUUCAGAUUUACUCCAAUAAAAGUAUGCAACCCUUAAGCAAAGCUUUUCUUCAUUUAAAAGAAAAAAAUAAACAACAAAAAAAACUAUACAGUAGUCUUUCCUUAUGUUCAUUGCACAAAAUGAGUUCUGCUUUUAGAACUUUGACACUCAAUUUUUUUUGUUGUUUUUUACAAUUUAAGGUCCCAACUUUAGUAACUUUUCUACUUCAAAAAACCCUCAAAAGUUUUCUUUAGGAUGGUGUAAAAACCAGUAUUUCUGCACAAUUCACUGGAACUUUUUCUUUGUAAUAAAAAUCUCUUCUCUUUAAAGCCAAAAAACAAAACACAAACCAAAAGGAAAGUCCUCUACCUAUCAUGGUUUCUGCAGCUAUGGGAAUACUUCUCAGUUUUAUAGCUGCUUAGCUACUUCAGACUCCAGAUCUGCUUUAAUGUGUAACUGUAUCCACACUCAGCAGAAUACUCUUUUAUAACAGCAACUUGGGGAAAGAGAUCUGGAAAUAAAAUACAUAUAUUCAUGAGUACCAGGAAACAAACAUGGCCCAGUAAUAUAUGGCAAGAAUGCCUACAUCGAGAUGCUUUUUUCAUUUAAGACUUCUUUCCCAUGGUUGUAUUUUCUUUCUUUCCUUUUUUUUUUUUUUAAAACAACCACUUCUGGUCGUUAGAAUCUGACAGUGCUCUGGAACAACGGUGAUUAUAGCAAAGCUAUUAAGUUUUUUAAAUGUUACUUACACCUGUUACAUUCAUUUCUCACCCUCCAAAUACUGAUGACAGAUGUCAUAGAGGCAAAAACCAGCACAAAUGGAAAGACCAUCAAAAAUGAGUAUCACCUUGUGCUUGCAGAUACAUUUAAGCAUUUCAGUGUACAAUAGUCCUUUCAUUUCACAUUUUUAGUUAAGAUGCUGAUGCAGUGCAGCAAAUAUGCAAAGCAUCUUCUUUCACACAGUCCGUGCAGAAGACAUCUAAUUUUAAGUUCUGAGAUACAAAUGAUUAAAAAAAAAAAAAUCCAGGAUCAACAAGUUUCAAAAUGCAUAGUGUUCUGUGCAUGAGUCCAUUUUCUUUAACUCUGAAAGAAUAAAGUGGUAAGAAAACAAGGAAAAAAAAUUGCUGCUGCACUCUGAUCUUCUCCAUUUUGCUGGUCAGCCCUCUAUUCUGGCAUAUAGGGAUGGAGGUGAUCCUCUAUGGUGCCAACUGCCCAGUGGGUAAGCUGUUCCUGUGGCAGGUAGAGGCAGAUGCUGCAUAACUUGAAGAUUGUAGCUUUGUUUUUUGGAGUCUAGAAGGGGAAAAAUUUUAAUAUCCUUAAUAAAAAAGAUUUUAACAUAACUGACCAAUUAUCACAUGAAGUCAAUCUCUCACAAUUUAUUAAGCACUUAUGAACACAGUGAUAAAGUAUAUAGAGUAAGAGAAGAAAUUAUGGUCCCUAUCCAUAAGGCCCUUAAUCUAGUUAGGAAAACAAACCUUGCCUUACAAAACAUAGAAAACCAGAGUAAACAUGAUUAUUAACUAAACAACUAUUAACAGAAUUUAUGCAGAAUAAAAAUAAAAAGUGAGAAAAGUCAAACAGACUACUUGCUGAAAGAAAGCAGGAUUAAAAGCAUUUCAAGGAGAUGGAGUUGAACAGAGGUUCAAAGUCACAUUUGUGUGUAGAAAGACAGCAGAUGCGGUUAAGAGUAGACGAUAAGAUUAGAAAUAGGUUAAAAAAAAAAAGCUUUAACCAUAUCAUGGGGUAAAGGACUAGAAGACAAGACAUUAACAGAUAAAUCAAGCCCUUUAAGUAUUUUUAAAAGGCAGUUUCUAUUUUAACAUCUAACUUAUGGUAAGUGCUGAGGUGCUUUCACAAAUAACCACUGGUAGUAAGUGGAAGAUGGAAUCUGAACCCAGAACUGCCUUCAAAGUUCUUCCUUUCACCAUAGCACCUCUAAAAUAUAUGCAAAAGAAGAUUGCCUUUGCCAAUGUCUGAAUCAGUCUACAUAUAUGUAAAUGAACCUAUACAUAUGCACAUAUAUUUUUUCAUUUUAACUGUUACAACCACCUUAUGACUAUCAUUUACUUAAUUUAUAAGAACACGUGCACAGAAGUACUUGUCCAAGAUCUCACAGCCAGUAAGAGGCUGCAUGUAUAUGAGAAUCCAGACUCUAGGCAUGCGCCUCUAUACCACCACCCGUUCAAGGUGCUUUUUGGGUCUAGCCUGUAUCAUACAUAUGAUAUUCCAAUAUAAAGGGCAGAAGAUCUCUGCUAGAUGAUUUUUAUCAAAUUACAUAAUUUCUUGAUUUCCUUAGCCAUAAUAUGGGAGUAGUAAGAUCCACACCUCAGAAGACUGUUGUGAGGAUUAAAUAAGUGCAUAUACAUAGAGCUCUUAAUAGACAGUCUGGUGCAUAAUACAUCGAGCCUUGAACAUGGGCUUGAACUGCUAGGGUCCACUUACAAGCAAAUUUUUUUCAAUUAAUGUACUGGAAAAAUUUUUGGAGAUUUGCAGUAAUUUAAAAAACCUUGCAAACCACACAGUCUAGAAAUAUCAAAAAAAAAAAAAAAAGGAAAAAAAAAAAAGAAAAAGUUAUGUCAUGAAUGCAUAAAUGACCUGUGAACAACACAGGGGUUAGGGUGCUGAUCCUACACGGAUGAAAACCUGCACAUAAUUUACAGUCUGCCCUCCAUAUACAUGGCUCCAGAUCAAUGGAUUCAAGCAACCGUGGAUUGCACAGUACUGCAUCUGUAUUUACUGAAAAAAAAUCUGCAUAUAACCGGAUCCACACAGUUCAAACCUAUGUUGUUCUAAGGUCAACUGCAGAUACUAGUCUAUCCUUAUACAGGCGUAAGGUGAGUGAUAUUUAAUAUAAAACUAGUAAUGUUAGUUUUGUUUUACUGCUUUGCUUUUAAAAAAUAUUGUUACUAAUACUGUAUUAUGAAUAUGACUGUAACACUGUAUGCCAUAAAGUGUUUAUAAGGAUUCAUUCAUUAGUAGAUAGGCUAGGCUAUCAUGAAGCCAUCACACCGACUACACUAGGCUGUCAUAAAGCAAUCGUAUUGCACUUCUUUAUUAUCGAUAUAUGGAUCAUUGUACUUACAAAUAAAUGUAUUUCUUUUUCACAUUA